AUGGGCAUCUUCAUCACUGCAAACCAACAGGAUGUUGAACAUGUCUAUAUUACCAAGAACCAGUCACAUCAGAGCGAUGUUAUGUCCAUCUGUGGCUUUAAUCCAGGGGACGUCGAGAACGAAGUUGAUCCUGAUAGGAACUCAGAAACAACGAUCACCGCCACCGUCAACGAGAAAACUGGCCAAAUUUCAUCAUUCACAAGUCAUGUUCAAAUUCUAUCAGGGCAAUCAAAAGUUCUACUUAAGGAUGGCAGCGCGGUCAAGCGAUCCUUACAAUCCCCGUUCAACUAUGUUUUGUCUCUUGAAAAGGGGUCAGGCUUCAAAUUCGACUUCCCUGUUCCUGUUUUGGACUCUACCGUAAGAGUGAGAAUUACUCGCAAGUCAUGUUACCUUGAGCUCAUCGCAGACGUUGCCAAGUCCACCGACUGGUCAAGCUUGCCAUCCUUUAUGUAUCCCGUGUUCUUGGAUUCGGGAUUACCCACUCCGUGGAAUAUGCCGCAGGUCAAUCUCCCAUCGCUCCCUGCCAUAAACUUUAGCAAUCCUUCCUCUGAGCGACUAAGAUGGCUACGAGCGCAUCUCCCGACGAUGUGGUCCGCACAAGAGAGUGCCCUCAAGUCCAACCCAUCUUUGUCGGUUUCACCGAAUAUUCGGGCCAGAGUGGACUUCGAGGACAGUUUAUUCCACAUUUUCCUAGGCUUCAGUGGCAUAUCCGGGCCUCAGGCCUCCGUCUACGGUAUCGAAUGCCCCGAAGAAAAAGGUGUGCAAAUGCUGGUUUUCGUAUCGAAGAUGUUAAUGGAUAUUCCGAAUCGCACUGUUGUUCUUGACGCUGCAGUCCUUCCUCUUUACAUCGAUCUCAUGCCGAAAAUCUUGCCUGCGCUGGAAUCGAUGUCGCGCAGCAGCCAUUCUCCCACAUCCAUUCGCACCUCCAAAGACGAUCUUUAUCUUUGGAAGGAAGCUGUCCCUGCCUGGACCGAGCGAUGCCGAUCUUGGCCUCACAAGCCCAGCUGCGAGUACAUUAGGACAGAAAAUAUUCCACUCUCAAUCAAAUUUGGCGAAAGGGUUCUGUGCUCAUGUGGGGAGGGGACAGUACCCAUUAAUUUCAUGCCGAAGUUCCCUGGGUGGAAAGAUCUUGCCAAGCACUGUGUACGGAUGGCGAUCUCUCCAGCUUUCGCGUCAGUGCUUGUUGACAAGCCCGUUGAUAUGUCUGCAAUUCUAUCCGCUAGCCAUGCAAGUGGCGAAGAUUCGAAUAGCUGCCAGGUUUGUGGUAAGGACAAGCAAGCCGAUGGUUCAGGUUUGCUGGCUUGCUCACGUUGUCAUAAAGCAAAUUACUGCUCGAGAGACUGUCAAAAGGCUGAUUGGAAGAAGCAUAAGAAGAGCUGCAAAGCGGAUGGAAACUGA